GCGCCAAGUUCGCCCUUCUUAAUUUUACCGGGAAUGAUAUGUCAGCAUUUACGAUCUGCUAAACUCAGUUUUGUGUUGUGAAAAGUGGACUGCUUUGUCUAGAUGGUCACUCUAAGCAUGGCUACAAGGACCAGAAAGCGGCGCUGGCAAUCUUCCCCCGACAAGAAAUCUGCAAGAGCAAGUCUGAAUUUUUGUCAGCUAGAAAAUACACCUCCCAGAAAACGAAGAGCAACAGCAAUUGAUGAUUCACCUUCGAUCACUGAUGAAACAUCAGACAAUGAGUCUGAACCAACCGAGGAAUCUUUUACCACCAAAUCCUUCUAUGGUGGUAGACAGAAGAAAAACUUCCCUCAUUCACCAGGUAGAAGAAAGGCAGCUCAAAAGGUUCGGUCAAAACUCUCGGAGGAUAAUUCAGUCUCUGAAGAUGAUGUGAUGACUUUCAAAUCUAGUAACGAGGACAGCAGUCCCCAUUCUGAUGUCUCUAUGGCUGUAUUGAGGACCAGAAAAACAUCAAAUACCAACGGGAAAAUCUUCCAGAAAAAAAUAACAAAAACUACAACUACAACUGUGAAAUCUCUUGCUGUCAAUGAAACAUCCAACACAUGCAAUACACCUCAAAAUGGCAGGAAAUUUUUCAAGCACAAAAGUCCAGCUUCUGCUAGCAAGGUGGUUGGUAGCAGUGUCAUUAUCCGGAAAGGUUUCAACUUGAAAUUUGUUCCUUCAAGGAAUUCAAAAAGUGCUGGACUGAUGAAAAAGAAGAAAUCCAAGAAACUGGUAAAGGAAUCCAAAAUUAGUAAAUCUGUUGAAGGCAAACUCUCAAAAACUUCGAUAAAUAUAGACACACCAACAACGGAUUCUGCCUGUCACAGUACUAUGUCGGAAGUGUCGACUGCAGAACCAGAAUGUCUGACAUCUGUCCAGCCAGAACAGUUUGGGGCCUCAGAGGACCUGUUUCCAGAUAGCUCUGAGGUGUGCUCAGAUAUGACAAAAGAUAACAGCAACUCUGCCUCAAACUGUUCUUCACUCGCCAGCAGUAUGACUGACCUCACGUCCGUAGUCUCUGGUCCAAGUCUACGCAACAGAGGAAAGGAUCCAGUUACAGGAAAGACAUUCUUUCCCAUUUUCAAUUCCUCUCAAAAUUCACCACGGUCAUCACCAUUGCUAAGCAGGAGUAAGUCCAACUUGCGUUUGUCACCGAGAGUGUCGCCACGACAUCGUUUACGUCCUGACAAAGAUACCCAGGAACAGAUGAUACUGGAUGCUGGCCAGAAGAAAUUUGGUGCGAUCCAAUGUGAUGUCUGCAGUAUGGUGUACACUCCAGGUGAUCCGACGGACGAUACCACUCACAACAAAUUCCACCAGAGUCUUCUAACAGCACUCCGCUUCCCUGGAUGGAAGAAGGAGAGAGUAGUCCAAGAAUAUCCAGACCUAGGUAGCCGGAUUAUCAUGGUCCUGCAUGACGACCCCAAGUAUGCUAUCAAAAAGGUGGACGACAUCAAUAAGAUCAUGGGACAAGAACUGGGCUUUCCUGAGGCAUCCCUUGCUUUCAAGUAUGGAUACAAGGUGUUCUUGUAUAUCUCGGAUGACAAAGCGGUAGAGGGUUGCUGUGUAGCAGAGCAAGUCAGCCAGGGUUAUGCUGUGAUCGGAGACAGUCAGUCGAGUCAGACCUCUCAGCCUGGACAUCGCCCAUGGUGCUGUCAGUCUGAACCACAGCCAGCCUUAGUAGGGAUCAGCCGUAUCUGGGUACACUGUCAGCAAAGACAAAAGGGUAUUGGUUCCAAACUGCUGGACUGUGUCAGGCAAUGGUUUGAGUAUGGUGUUUUCAUCGAGAAGAAGCAGAUGGCAUUCUCGGAUCCGACACCGGAUGGAAAACAGCUGGCAACUAAAUACACUGGAACACCAAACUUCCUUGUGUACAAGUACGGGUAGUCCUGCAGUUGUGGGCAAAAUGUAGUGGACACUGAUCAGUACCUAGUCAGUCGCAGUGAUGUCAACCUUGAACUCUAGAUAGGAAAGGAAUUGAAUGAAGUGUUUGGUUAAAUAACAGUCAUACUCGUUAACAAUUUGUCGUCAGGGAAGAUAUCCCAUUUUAAAAUGAUUGACUUGUCAAGAAAAUAGGUCAAGAAAAUACGACCAUAUCAAUAAUCUGACCGGUUGUGAGGAGGAUUUGUUGGCAGUUUUCAAAGGAAGAUAUCCCAUGUGACUGUGAUUGACAAAGUGGAAGAAGACCUGUUUUUGGUAUUACAGAUAAAUUUAGCUGGAAUGUUGACUUGUUAUAUUGAAAUAUACUUUUGUUUGACCUGAAUGUCUAAUAGUAUUGGUAUGCUUCUGAUAUAUAUAUUAUUAGUGAUAUUUUACUAUAAGCUGCAAGGUUCAUAUGUCAUACAUGAUGGUAUCAUAGUCAACUCAUGAUAAAGGGUUAUAUAUAUAUAUAUUAUGUCAUCAAACCAAAAGCAAAAAGUCAUAGACAAAAUGAAAUUACUUUACGUACAUAGUGUUGCAUUUUCCUGUUAUCAUGAUCAGUAUUUUAAACAAAGUAGUAAAAAAGACUUGUGCAAUAUUUAUUAACCAUAUAUGUUAUCCAAAUAAAGCAGUAAUAUUUCCACUUAUAUGUCCUACUUUCCUCUUGCACUAUUUUUCAUCCAAUUUUUUUUUUCUGCAGCUUACUAUGUCCUCACCAGAAGGUGGUCAGUAGCAUUAAGUUUUACCCUUCAUCUCUAUAUCCAACAGUUCUGUUUUUUUUUUUACCGAUAUUGUCAUGAAUUCACAGAUAGCAAUAUGGUUGCACCGUUUUUUGUAAAGUUAAUAAGGAGUCCAGGAUCAAUUCUGUACAGGUAAAUUAGACCCUUACUCAUUAAUGACACUAUGAUAUGAUGCUACAAUUAUUUCAAUGAUGACACAGAUUGAUGAGAUCAGAAUGUCGAAAUAGGAUAUUCGCGAAUUCUGUGACAGUGCUAAAGUGAUUAAAGUGAUAUAUAUAAUGCAAUUUAAGUCAUUUUUGUCGUGAUUUUCUUUUUGACCUCCAAUUGGAAAGUCUAGAUAUUUCUAUUGGUUUGGCAAUAUGGUGUCAUUAAUUCUAUUAAAAUCAAAAAAACAAAAUGAGUUUUUGUUUGUUUUGAAAGAGUAUAUACUUUAUAAAAUUACUGCAAAUAUAACAUAUAUGAGUACUCAGAAGUAUUACGAAUUCAGUUAAUAUUCUUGUACAGGUGUACGAGAAAAUCAUGAUAUCAGUGGUUCAAAACACAGGAACUGACAAUACAUAUUUUUUUAUGUUUAAGGAGUCACUAUGGAUAACACAAAAGGACAAUUUAUAAAUCUGGUCAGUAACAAAAACAUCUUCUGGUUCUGAGAACAACUAAUGAACAUAUUUCUAGUUUGAAGAUAAUAUUCGGAUAUUCCUAGUUUAAUUUAAAUGAUAAAUCAAACUUUAUUUUAUGUUGGCUUCUUGUGGUUUUGUUAAUUGGUCCAUCCUCUGAUUGCUUGUUCUGUAGUUCCUCUCGAUCACAGGUGAUAAGGUGUAGUUUUGAAUUAAAGUUCAAUAGAUAUGAUUAUUUUUGUUGGUUCGUGCCUUUGUUUUAAGGAAUAUGUAACUUAUAUAUUAAGCGGUAUGCUUAUGUGUAUCUUGAGAUUCUGUGUGACAAGUGAAAUUCAAUAUUAAGAAAAUACCGUUUUUCCUCUUUUUUGUCAGGUUAUGAAUCUUCAGCAACAAAGUAUUUUCUCUCAUAUUAACUUGUGUGUGUAUAUUGUAAUGUUUUGACCUUUUAUUAUGAUCCUAAGAUUUACAUAUAGAGGUCAAGACUUGAAAAUAAAGUUGUAGAAUCAUUAGGUGUUGUAGCUAUAUCAAAUGAAACCUGAUGAAUAGAGGGGUCGUUAUCUGGCUUGAGAAUUUACUAAAACACUAUCCUGAAUCAAAACUGUUUAGUUUUCAUUUAUACUGGUGAAUAUGCUUCAGCAAUUAUUCCAGACUUGUCCACUUUUUGUUAUGAUUUAGGUUCAUAUAUACCAGUUAAUAAGAUUUAUUUUGAAGAUAUAUUUGAAAGAGUACAAAUUUGUUUAGAAAACUGGUUUCUAUGUUUAUGUUUGAUUUCAUAGGAAAUGUUUACUAUCAUUUAGCAACUCCCUCUUGAAGUUUGUUUACUUAUUUGUUUUACAAGGACUAUGUCAUGUUUUUAUACCCCCGCAACGAAGUAAGGGGGGGAAUACUGGAAUCAGGUUCUCUGUCCGUCCGUCUGUCUUUUGACGCAUUUUGUCCGGACAACUCCUCCUAAACCGAAGGGCCGAUUUCAAUGAAACUUCACACAAAUAUAGAGAACCAGGUGUAGAUGUGCAUGCCACUUUCUUUUUCUCAAAAUUAUGGUUGCUAUGGCAACUGGUCACUAUAUUACUGGGUUAUCUUAGUUAGCCUCUAAUUAAGAGUUCCAAUUCACCAUUGACUCAUGUAGAUUGCGGGGGUAUUAGUCAGCCAUCCUGGCGACAGUUCUAGUUUUGUUAUGAUUUCGCACAAGCUGGGUUGACCUCUCCAUCACCAGUGGAAUAGCUAAUGAUGUGAUGGAGUAAUGUAUGUUGUUCAGUUGAAGACAUCAACAAUUACAUGUUAAGUGGUCAGAGAUUUGGAUUCAUUAAUACUUGUAGUUUAAUUUUAGAGUAUAGCAUUGUUGAUUUCUUUCCUCAUUUUAAAGUUGUUACAUUAAAUGGAUCAUGUAAUAAAUUUCCUUUAUGUAAUCGA